AACCUUCUAAGCAUGGAAAUUUUAACACUACCUUCCAUAACCCCCAAAACCAAUCUAUUACAUGCACGGAUACCGCCUGCAGGACCACCGGCCACCUCAAGACAUCCUCGAACUAUCUCCGCCACUGCCACUAAAGCGCCGCCGCACCACCAAAUUACCCACUCAAUGCCACCGGAGAAAGUUGAAGUGUUCAAGUCACUCGAACCGUGGGCUACUGAGACAUUGCUUCCAUUUCUUAAACCAGUCGAAAAAAGUUGGCAACCUUGUGACUUCUUGCCUGAUCCUACAUUGCCCGACAGUGAAUUUACGGACAAAGUUUGGUCCCUACGCAAAUCUUCAAGAAAAUUACCUGAUGAGUUGUUUAUCGUGCUGGUCGGAGACAUGGUUACUGAGGAGGCCGUGCCUACAUAUCAGAGUUUGAUCAAUUCUUGUGAUGCGAUUAAAGAUGACACGGGCUGCAGCCGAAGCCCGUGGGCUAUUUGGACCCGUGGGUGGAGCGCCGAGGAGAAUAGGCACGGCGAUUUGCUUAGAAAUUAUCUCUAUCUCUCGGGCCGGGUCGAUAUGAGGAUGAUUGACAAAACAGUGCAAUAUUUGAUUGGUGCUGGAAUGAACUCUGGUGUGGAAAAUAACCCUUAUUUAGGAUAUGUUUACGUCGCCUUUCAAGAGCGCGCCACAUUCUUGUCUCAUGCAAACACGGGGAGGCUUGCGCGUGAUCAAGGGAAUCCACUUCUUGCAAACAUAUGCGGGAUCAUAGCCGCGGAUGAAAAGCGCCAUGAAAGUGCAUACAUAAAAAUGGUCGAGAAACUAUUGGAGGUUGACCCGAACGAUACCAUGCUAGCUAUAGGUAACAUGAUGAGGAAGCGAGUGGUAAUGCCAGGUCACCUCAUGCAUGAUGGGCGGGAUCCCCAUCUUUACGACCACUUUGCAUCUGUUGCUCGUCGAGUUGGUGUUUUUUCACCUAAUGAUUAUGUCGAUAUCGUGGAAUUCUUGGUUGGGCGAUGGCAUCUUGAGAAGGUUGAAGGCCUUAAGGGUGAUGGGAGGCGCGAGCAAGAUUUUGUGUGCCGUCUAGCGCCCAUACUACGGAAGAUGAUGGCCAAGGAGGACAACCGAGCUAAGAAUGAAACAAAUAGAUUAAAAUUUAGUUGGAUUUUUAACAAAGAAGUCAUUGUGUAACUUUAGAUUUUUAUUAUGUAGCUAAACUUCAAUGUUACAUAAACGACGAAGAAGUAUCAUCUAGUGAUUAUUCACACUGCUAUUAAUUUCUAGCUUUUAUAAUCUGUGUACUGAACUACUG